UAUUUAAGUCGCUGUUGGCGGACGGAAGUGAUCGGCAUCCGGGCGUAGAGGUAAACAAAUGCACAAGAAAGCUUGCUGACUUUAAGAGCACUACCACACAAGCGAGGGAAUGUCUCGUUUGAGAGGCGCGCAGCAGGUGGAUUCAGUACGAGGCUUCAGGACGCCCGAAAGUGAGCCUAGCGUCCCGUAUGGACUCCUCAAGGCGGCCCGGCAGAGCGGAACGCUAAAUCUGACCAAUCGGAGUCUCACCGAAGUUCCGGCGAGCGUGUACCGGCUGAAUGUGGACACACCCGCCGAGGCCCAUCACGUGUCAUUCGGCGCGUCAGAGCGCUGGUGGGAGCAAAGGGACCUCACUAAGCUGCUGCUGGCGUCCAACAGUCUCACAAACUUGUCCGAUGACAUCCAACUGCUGCCUGCGCUCACCACGCUCGAUCUGCACGACAACCAACUGCAGAUGCUGCCGGCCGCCUUGGGGGAACUGCGGGAACUUCAGCAGCUGCGACUCGGUCGCAACCGUUUGAGGUCACUGCCAAUGGAGGUGUAUACUCUGAAGAACCUGCAGAGCCUGACACUGCAGCAGAACCUGCUGGACGGGCUUUCUGAGGAGCUGGGACAACUGGAGGCGCUGACCGAGCUGGACCUGUCCGACAACCGGCUGACGGAGCUCCCAUCAAGCCUAGGCCGCCUCUGCCGCCUGCAGAAGCUCCACCUGUGUCGCAACAAGCUGGGCCGUCUGCCCGACAGCCUGUCACUGCUCACCAAUGUGAAGCUGCUGGACUGUAGCAACAACCUGCUGAGCGACGUUCCUGCCACCCUUUCGCAGAUGGCAGCCCUGGAGCAGCUCUACCUGCGCCACAACAAGCUUUGCCAACUCCCGCUGCUUCACGCGCCCGUGCUCAAGGAGCUUUACGUGGGCAACAACCAGAUCACCGGCAUGUCCGGCGAGCACCUAGCUGGCUUGGGCGUCCUGUCCGUGCUGGAGCUGCGAGACAACCAAAUCGGCGCACUGCCUGAGCAGCUGGCGGCGCUGGGCACACUCACGCGUCUCGACCUCACUAACAACAACAUCGGCACGCUUCCUGCGGCUCUCGGCCUGCUGCCCGAGCUGAAGAUUCUGCUGCUGGAGGGAAAUCCUCUGCGUGGGAUCAGGAGAGGCCUGCUGACGAAAGGAACCAACGAGCUUCUCAAGUACCUCCGAGGGAGAAUUAAAGAGGACCCCAAGAGCGCUGGCGAAGUGCCAACCGCCAUGACACUGCCCAGCCAGGCCGAUGUCAACGUGGAUAACAUCAAAACGCUCAAGUCGCUGGUGUACAGUGACAAGAAGGCUGAUCGCAUCCCGGACGAGUUGUUCCUGGCCGCCGCCGAGCACACAGUCACCUCUGCCAACUUCAGCAAGAACCUGCUGAGCGAGGUGCCACCGAGGCUGGCUGACACACGGGCGUCUCUGACGGAGCUCAAUGUAGCGUUCAACAGGCUGAGCUGCUGCGAGCCGCUCUGCUCUCUGGCCAACCUGCUGCACCUGGACCUCAGGAACAACCAGCUGAGGCAUUUGCCGGCCGCGCUGAAGAACUUGACAAGACUUCACUCGCUCAUCCUCAACUUCAACAAGUUCAAGUCCUUCCCAGAGGUUUUGUACAACAUGCCGUCGCUGGAGACCAUCCUGCUGGCCAACAACCAGGUGGCGAGCAUGGACCCCGCCCGCUUGCUGGGCCUGCUGUGCCUGUCCACGCUGGACUUGUCCAACAACGACCUGCUCAACGUGCCGCCUCAACUGGGCCUGUGCAUCACACUCAGGUCUCUCAGUCUUGAGGGCAAUCCUUUCCGGACGCCGCGAGCCGCCAUAAUGACCAAGGGAACGGACGCCGUGUUAGAGUACCUGCGCAGUCGCAUUCCUGCAUGAGCACCAAAAGUUUGUGGGUUUUCAAGGGCAUAUGGCCUCUGCUACCUGAAUGCCUGCAUACAAUGGGGAGUCAAAGACGCAUGGGCUAACAGUUAGCAUCUAAGUGGCAGUGUUGUAUGAUAAACGUUUUGAUUCAAUGGUGGGAGAUUAAUGCCUUUGAUUCCUUAUAUCACAAUGAUAUAUUCUUUUGUCAAAUGUAAAUAUUGGAAUUGAUAUUUGUCUAAUAAAUACAGUGCCUUGCGAAAGUAUUCGGCCCCCUUGAACCGUUCAGCAUUUCAACAUUUCAGGCUUCAAACAUAAAGGUAUAAAAUUUUAAUUUUUUGUCAAGAAUCAACAAGUGGGACACAAUCGUGAAGUGGAACGAAAUUUAUUGGAUAAUUUAAACUUUUUUAACAAAUAAAAAACUGAAAAGUGGGCCGUGCAAUAUUCUGCCCCUUUACUUUCAGUGCAGCAAACUCACUCCAGAAGUUCAGUGAGGGUCUUUGAAUGAUCCAAUGUUGUCCUAAAUGACUGAUGAUGAUAAAUAGAAUGCACCUGUGUGUAAUCAAGUCUCCGUAUAAAUGCACCUGCUCUUUGAUAGUCUCAGAUUCAAGAGUUUUUAUUCGCCAUGUUUGAGAGUGCCAAACAAGGAAUUUGACAGCCUCUCGAUGUGCAAAAGUGAUAGACUCCAAGCGACUUGCAGCUGUAAUUGCAGCAAAAUGUGGCGCUACAAAGUAUUGGCGCAAGGGGGCCGAAUAAUAUCGCACGCCCCACUUUUCAGUUUUUUAUUUGUUAAAAAAGUUUAAAUUAACCAAUAAAUUUUGUUCCACUUCACGAUUGUGUCCCACUUGUUGAUUCUUGACAAAAAAAAUAAACUUUUGUAUCUUUGUUUGAAGCCUGAAAUGUCGCGAAAUGUUGAAAGGUUCAAGGGGGCUAGAAUACUUUCGCAAGGCACUGUAAGUAACCCCAGACUGUACACCCUGAAGAAAGUUAUCAGACUCAAAUUACAUUAGACAUUCGAAAAAAUAAGUUAACAUUGCCACUGUGUUCUCACUAUUAAUAAGAUUUUUUUAUUGAAAAAAAAAUAAAAACACAAAUAUAGUUGCUUUUUACAAGUUGCAUUAUUACAGUGCCGUUAGUCUCUGAGUUACAAAUGUCCAAUUAUGCUAAAGCCUCGAUGUCAAGCCCUAAUAAAUUAAACUGACACA